CAUGCGUAUACGUAAACACCAGCUGUUGUUACUAAUAUAUAAAAGGCGAGUGCGUUCAUGCGUACAGUAACAGUUAAUCAAAAGCAGACGGACGACAAAAGUGAAAUACGUAUCGAAAAUCAAGAGUUAAAGUGAAAACUUAACACUCCAAAUAGUGAAUAAGUUCUAUUAAGUGAUCAAGUGGUCAGUGUACAGAAGAACAUGUCGCUUAUUCCGAUCGUGUUUCGCGAUUGGUGGGACGACUGCUGGGACACUCCACUGCGUUCAUCUCAAUUGUUAGACCAGCACUUUGGCAGUGGAAUCAGCGGAGAUGAUUUGCUAACGGCGAUCACCUCGGCGAGUGCAGCUAGAUCCGCCUUGCAGAAUCAGAGACGCUCCCGCUAUAACAGACCGUGGCGCAAUGCAAGUCUUGCUGCCCGUCAAGAUUCUGGAUCAACGGUCAAUGUUACCGACGACAAAUUUCAAAUCAAUCUAGACGUUCAACAGUUCGCACCGGAAGAGAUCUCUGUCAAGGCUACAGACAACAGCGUUAUCGUCGAAGGCAAGCACGAGGAGAAGCAGGAUGAACACGGAUACAUUUCAAGACACUUUGUUCGCCGCUACAUGCUUCCAGCAGGACACGAUGCCAACCAAAUUGUUUCUUCCCUUUCGUCGGAUGGUAUUUUGACGGUCACUGCUCUGAAGAAGGCUUUGCCUGCACCAGAUGGACCAAAAGCGAUUCCAAUUGUCCAAACUGGCAAACCCGUUAAGAAGCUACCGGAAGGCGGUGAAAAGAUGGCAGUUGAAGAUUCAAAUUGAACAGAUUGAAGUCUCAUGGAAAUGAUUCUACCUCUUAGUUUUGCUACCAUUCAGAUGUUUAUCACUGGGGAAAACUAGGGUUAAGUGAAAACUUGUACCAAAACUAUCAUCGCAUCAUCAAUUAGUCAAGAAAUCGGUUUUCGUAGAUUUUGCUUGCAUUACGUAUAUUUUACUAUUACUAUUAAUAAUUUAAAUAUUAGACACAUAUAUACAUUAGAAAACAUAGAUAUAGGUUACUAUUGUAAGCAUUUUUUAAACUGAUAAUGAUUUUUUUUGUGUUCAUCGGGAUGAUUCAAUAAAGCUUUUCAAGUUGAAC